AAGUGGGGGGUGGGAUAAGUAAAUAAAGCUUCAUAUCUAAAGUAGUAAAUUAAUAUAAAUUAAGCAAAGAAAGCAAUUACGAUUUAACAACAGAGUUUGAUAAAUUUUUAAACAGAGGUGAAGAUACAACUGAAGACGCCGCACAAUAUGGCUCAACCUCAACUAAAGUCGGUAGUUGCUGCGGAGGAAGCUAACAAAAACUUAAUUAUAGUAACUGGAUUUGGACCAUUUGUUGGACAUGAAGAUGUGAAUGCCAGUUGGGAAGCUGUACGCCUUUUGCCAGAUGAGCUACCUUGGCAUGGUCACCAUUAUAAGCUAGAGAAACGGGAGGUACCUGUUGAGUAUGAUGCCGUGGACAAAGCUGUCGAAGAAAUAUGGUCACAUAAUCCACAACUUGUUAUACAUUGUGGCGUUCAUGGUAUUGCAAGUUGCAUUCAUGUAGAGAAAUUGGCUUAUAAUCAUAAAUUCACACGACCGGACUAUGCGCGCCAGCGUUUACCAAAGUCUUCAGCAUGUUUAGUGAAUUGUAACACCAAUAUGAAUGAUAAUCAUACCUUACAUUGUGGUUUAGAUGUGGAAAAAAUUGUUGAAGUGGUUGCUUCAUCAUGUGAGUGUACGCCAACUGCUACAGACGAUGCCAUACAAAGUACGGUACUUCAAAGUUCAGAUGAUGUCGGAAACUAUUUAUGUGGAUACAUAUAUCUAAAAUCUCUUGAUAGAAAUAGGAAUCGCACUUUAUUCAUACAUGUACCACCUAUAAAUCGCCCAUUCACGUCAGAAGAAACGAAGGAGGUGGUGUUGCGAAUAAUUGAAGAAUGUAUUCGACAAGUUACGGAGAACGAAAAAGUAGAUUGUUGAAUUAUAUGUAUAUCCUUUUUAUGCAUUUGUGUCUUACGAUUUUAUCAAGAAGAUGAAAUUGAAAAUGUUUUUUUCAUUAUAAGUAUCAGAACUACCAAACUAAUAUAUACGUUUUAACAACUUUAUAAAAUACAAAAAUAACAGUAAAUAACAAUUUAA